AUGACGGCCUCCGUAACUGCCCCGACGAAGAAUACGACUGACCCCACGACCACUGACCCCAUCCUUCCGCUCGAAAUCUCCCUCUCCUACCUCGCCGAAGGCGCAGCAAACAUCAUCUUUCGCAUUGCCCAGCCCGACUCCGCCGACAAAACUCCCUCAAUCUCGCUCGCCAACCGUCUGCUGAGACUCCGCAAGACGCUACCGUCGGCCCAGCCCAACCUAGCCGCAUACACCUACCUUACGACUACUGCGUUCCCCCUCUUCCCCCGGGAUCUCUUGGUAGCCACGGAGUUGGUCCGCCUCCCACCGUCGCUCAUCGUGCGCGAAAACGUGCGGCUACGGGAGCUCGAGGCUCGGAACGGGCGCCCGCAGAAACGCGCCGGGAUGUACCUCGAGACCACUGAGUCGCACGCGUUCCUCGUCGCCGAUAUGUCGCCGCACACGGAGCGCCAGCUGCUAGUCGAGUUCAAACCGAAGUGGGUGGUGCAGAGCCCGUCGGCGCCCCGGGGCGCCAAGCACUGCCGGACCUGUGCGCUGAGGCUGAAGAAGGGUGGUGGGCGGGGUUUCUGUCCGCUUGACCUUGCGUCGGGGGAGCCGGAGAGGGUGCGGCGCGCGGUGAGGUUCCUGAUACCCGGAACGCUACCUAAGAGGUUUGUGUUGCCAGCUGGUACGACGUGGGAGGCUGAGCGGGAGAGGUUGGAGGCGAAGGUGGUUGCGUUCCUGGUGCGGAGCGAGUUGAUGCCCAUUCUUGCGGCGGUUCAGAUUAGGCUGGAUCCGGAGGGGCCGCUGGGGAGCAUCCCCGAUACCUUCAUGGAUGCCAUGACCGUUAGGGAUCUGACGGUGUUUCUGAGAGUCGAUAUGGAUGCGCCUGGCGUGGACGGUAUCGAUUGCGGAAUUGGCGAUUUGGAUAUGAAGACUAAGCACGACGGGAAGGAGAAAUACUGGAGGGACACGGAAUUGGACCUGAUUAAUGGUGGAUGGUACGAGCAUGAUGGGGGCUGGCAAUGUGAAUUCCACUAG